AUGAAAUAAAUACCGAUAAUUAUUCUCAACUGCGAGGGGGGAAAAAUAUUUAUUUAUAUACAUGUCGUUGGUGGUGGGUUUAAAAAAAAAAAGUUUGUGGUCUGACGUCACACUCCCACAAUGCUUACCGCCCCAUAACUCGGCUGCAGCCUGAGGAGAGCCAGACACACUCUCAGGCCCCGAAUAUAGAAAAAAACACCGGAGGGACGCAGAAAACGAAUAGAAGCGAACCGGGGGAAAAGAAUCAAACGACGCGAGCGGGCCGGGAAGAAGACGGCGGGGAGCAGCGGCGGCGUGGGCUCUCCCUCCCCACGGCUGCGUUUUUUCGGGGGGUCCGGUGGUCCGGGAUGGAAGGUUACCGGGGCUCCAUGUGAAAUUGACUAAUGCGGCGCUGGAAACUUUUUUGGACGGUAAAGAUGCAGAGCAGUAUUUCCCACUCACCGCCAACCAUAGCUGUUGGGACUGGGUGAGGAGGAGAGGACACGAGAGUAAAAGGCGAGGAGGAAAGUGGAGAGAAAGAAGGAUUUUGACAAACAGGUUUUGGCUCCCCUCCAUGUUUCUGCUGGAUCUCUGGUCCUUCCCGUGAGCUGUCACUCGUCCUCUUUUCCGACAGUUCAACCCGCGUCGAGCCUGCGAGGCCGGGGAGCCACGAGUGAGUUUUCAUGGCAGCGGCACUCUAGGGCUGCCAUGGCAGCUGCUGCCGCCGAUGCCUCACACCGUAUUACCGCACUGACGCCGGAGGAAGAGGGACGACGGACCGCCGCCAAGCUGUUUGGGAGCGCCGCCCCGCUUCGAGAGCGAGAGAGGGGGAAAGAGAAAGAGAGGGAGAGGGAGGAGGAAGGAGGAGAAGAGGUAGGAAAAGUGAGCGGGAACGAGUGUUUGGUGUGCGGGGCCCUGUUCGCCUCACAGGAGAAGCUCCGGCUCCACGCCUUGAGUCACACGGGAGAGAAACCCUUCCACUGCUCGCAGCCACACUGCCCCAAGGCCUUCAGCUCCAAAUACAAACUCUUCAGGCAUAUGGCCACACACUCUCCACAGAAGACCCAUCAGUGCUCAUUCUGUGAGAAAAUGUUUCAUCGCAAAGACCACCUGAAGAACCACCUACAGACCCAUGACCCCAACAAGGAGGCCUUCAAGUGUGAGGAGUGUGGGAAGCACUACAACACCAAGCUGGGAUACAAGCGGCAUGUGGCCAUGCACUCCGCCACCGCGGGCGACCUGACCUGCAAAGUGUGCAUGCAGAGCUACGAGAGCACGCCUGUUCUCCUGGAGCACCUCAAGAGCCACUCGGGGAAAUCCUCGGGCGGCACCAAGGAGAAGAAACAUCCGUGCGACCACUGCGACCGUCGCUUCUACACGCGGAAGGAUGUGAGACGGCACAUGGUGGUGCACACGGGCCGAAAGGACUUUUUAUGCCAGUACUGUGCCCAGCGCUUCGGCAGGAAAGACCAUCUGACGCGACACGUGAAGAAGAGCCACUCGCAGGAGCUGCUGAAGAUCAAGACGGAGCCUCCGGAUAUGCUGGGUCUUCUGGCGACGGGGUCUCCGCCGUGCUCUGUGAAGGAGGAGCUCAGCCCCAUGAUGUGCAGCAUGGGGCCCAACAAAGACCCCAUGAUGGGCAAGCCGUUCCCCACUGGGGCCCCUUUUCCGAUGGGCAUGUACAACCCCCACCAUCUCCAGGCCAUGUCUAAUUCCGGAGUGGGUCACCCGCACCCAUCCCUGAUGCCCAGUUCCUUGUCCGCAGCUAUGGGCAUGGGCUGUCACAUGGAACCCCCUGCAUCUCUUCACCCACACUCCCACCACCACCACCACCACCACCACCACCAUCACCACCAUUCCCCUCCACUGCCCCCACACCACCAGCCUCCGGCUCCCCAGCAGCAGCACCAGCCCCAGCCAGCGCCCAAAUACCAGCUGGGAUCUACCUCAUACCUGCUGGACAAGCCCUUGAAAGUGGAGAUGGAGAGCUUCCUCAUGGAUCUGCAGAGCGGCUUGCCGGGCCCAGUUCCCUCCGCGGAGCCCCACGCUGCUGCCCCGUCGCCGAAGGACGGACUGGAGCCCACCUCGGGUCUGACGGAUGAGCUUUGCGGGGAUCCCCUCCUGUCCAAGAGCCCCGUGGUGAUCGCUGAGUCUCUGUGUGCUGCUAACAUGGACUUCUCCCACCUGCUGGGGUUCCUGCCCCUCAACCUGCCUCCGUACAGCGCCCCCAUGAGCACGGGCGGGCUGGUCAUGGGCUACACCUCAUCCGCGACCUCUUCCUCUUCUUCCUCAUCCUCCUCAUCUCUGCAAGCCGCCGAGCCCCACAUCGCAGGAGUUGCCGCGGCAGCAGCUGCAGUCGCCACAGCACCUCUUACCUCUUUGCAACCGCAACCUCAGGAGCAGCAGAGCUCCGGCGGGGGUCUGGGCCUCGGACCCCUGCACCCCCUCCCACCAGUGUUCAGUUCCAGCCUUAGCACCACCACACUGCCUCGCUUCCACCAGGCCUUCCAGUGAGUUUGCCAGCCCCACUGCCCAGCAAGGAUUGGCCCUCGGCACCAGCCCCCCAAGCUCAGCGGGGAUGUCGCCGGGCUGCGGUCUGUACAUGGGUCUGAUCAAAAAGUUAGAGUAUUACACAAAAAAAGAACACUUAGAAGCCUUAAAUGAAAGUGCACACGAAAGCUUUUGAUUGAACCCUAAAAAGAAAGUUGAAACCCCUUUAAGCAAAAAAAAAAAAAAAACAAGGAAAAGGUGAGAAAAGAAGUUGAAGCAGCGUUUUAUUUGGGCUUUUUUUUCCUCCUUACUCCUUUAUCUUAUAGCUAUAACAAUGUAUUAACCCAUGUUUUAUUUUUAAAUUUUCCAUUUACCUUUUACCCCCCCUCCCCUCCCCCCCACCCCUCUUUCAUCCCUUAUCUAGUAAUAUAGACGGCAGGAUCAGUAGGCCAAAAGGCGCGGUACUGCUUACUUUCUAAAGUAAUAAUGUAAAAAUUGAAAAAAACGGAAAAAAAAGUCAAAGAUAUUUUUUUUUUUUUUUUUUUUUUUUUUUUUAGUGACGAUUAUCUGUCUUGUUGUGACCCAGAAAAACAUAUAGUUUGAAGUGGUUAUUUUGUUUUAAUUUUUCUUUUUCCAAAUGUUAGAACAUGGUAGGGAAUGUGUCUCAUCUUGAGUUUCAGCCUAAACUGUCACGAUUACAGGAGCGAAACCAAUAUCCUCAAAAAGUUGCUCUUCAAACAAACAACGAUAUAUUAAAAAAUAUAUAUAUAUAUAGAGAGAGAGAGAGAGAGAGUCCUUUAGCUGGCAAUCAUACACAGUUUUAAGGAAAGGCAAAGAAAUAGAAAGUGUUUUUCACGCUGGCUCUUUUAAAAAAAAAAACAUAGCUGUUCCUCAAGAGAAGCACUUUUCUUUUAUUUUUUUAUACUAAAUUAGCAGAAGGCACUUCACCUUUUGUUUCGUGACUUCUAGAGGUUCUCACAAAAUAAAUAAAUAAAUAGUUUCCACAAUAAAAAACUGCGGCUGUUUCUUAGCUGCACGACACAUCCCUGAAAAUAAUUCUGGAGUGUGAUACCAACAACAACAACAACAACAACAACAAAAAGAUGCAUCAUGCAUCAUCAUGAUCCCAAUGAACCCUGACAUAUGUGAAUGGCAGAAAAAAAAAAAAUAAGAAAUACAGUGACAGAUGAGGAAGAUGUGUUAAGGAAUGUUAUUGCAGUGUACGAAAUAUCUCAAAAAAAUGAAUAUUAUUAUAAUUGCUUUCUAUCUCAGUAAGGAGUAUUUUUUUAGGUAGCCUUAUUAAAACUAAUUGAUGAUGUUUUUUGAUGUCUGGCAGGUUUACAUUUGUGUGUAUCUUGCAUUUUUAUUUUUAUUUUUUUCUUGAGCAAACUAAAUGGAUGAAGUAUUAGCUUUCUCCCCCGCCCCCCCCUCUCAGCUUUCCAACCUUUCACCUUCUUACACGUGUACUUGAGUUAGUGUAGAGGAGUCAGAACUGUGGAUGGGAAAUAUGUUUAGAGGAAUCAGUUAGGACAUGAACUAGGUAGAUUGUGUCAUUGGGAUGCUGACAUGGGUGGCCCAUGAAUCAUGAUUGUAGGUGUAGGAUACAUAUAUAUAUAUAUAUAUAAACCCUGAGCUGGGCUGAAAUCCCAUCUGAUUUCUGUCUACGCUCGGUGGUUUUUGGAUGUUUUAACCAUUCACCACCAGCCUUUAAGAACCUGAGCCCAAAGUUAACCUAAGCCUCAAAGUCAAAUAGGUGCUCCUUACCUUAAAGGGUCACUUUGGUUCAUUUAAACCUGGAGUAUUUCCCGUUAAUUAAUGCGGCCGUUUAGGUCCAAAAACGAACUGAAAUUAAAGCAGCUGGACUCGUAGAGAUUCAGAAAUAGUGCGAUUGUCCUGCAGGAUUUUUCAGCUUUGUUACAAACGUAACGUUAAAUGAAAGACAAAGCACCACCUGCACAUCCAUGGGUGCACGGUGGUUUGUUUCUGCACUGAGCAGUGUUGCCAGAUGGAAAUGACAAAGUAUCGCACCAGAAUCUAAAAAGUUUUCAUAUUUUGAGGAAAUUAUACCCGAUUUGACGUUGCUCCGGACCAUUUACUGCUACAGUAAAACAUAACCUGGACCAUAUAGCAUAGCUUAUAAUGCAGUUUGAUCUUUUAAGUAAACUUACAGCACUGUUUGCGUUUGCUAAUAGCCACGCAUUGAAGGGGUGAAUUUAUCGUACAUUAUGAGAUUUUUGGAAUUAUUUAUCGUACAAAUACGAUAAUUAUUGUAGGUCUGGCAACGCCGACACAGAACUAAAAGGAUUACGUGAAUUCACCCAAUGCACAGGCACAUUUGAACCUGGUUUCACUCCACUAUUAAGAAGGGGUUUUUUUUGCGCUCUUACUCUUUAAUUGAGUUCCUCUUCUGUGAACGCCAGUAAAUAAAAGACUUAAGCCCCAUUCACACGGGAUUAGUUUUACCUGAGGACGUCCUGUCAUUCAGAUAUUAAUCCCCACGUCUGUGUUUCAUGUGGCGCGUUCACACGGGAUAAACAAACUCGUUGUUUUACUCAAAAUCACGUUCCAUUAGUUGUGGCUCUACUACUUUCCAUCAGGAUUAAGAUCACAGAAUAGGGCUUUAAGUAGAGUUUAUGCUUUGGUGGGACUAGAUGCCGUAACCUACGUACGUUAAUUAUUCUACCAGAACCUUGAAAUUAUCAAUAUGUUAUCAAACGUAACCUACGUACGUAGCCUGCGCCUGUGCGAGCCAUUUAUUUUAGAAAUUUCUGUUUUUUGAGCUGUAACUCUCCGUAAAGUCUGGUCUCUCGAUAUCUCAUAAUCCUCUUAAAUCCUCGUAACUUUGAGGAAGAUGGACUUCAAAUGAACUGGUCACAUGACCUUCUGCCCCAGUUCACAACGUUCACAAUCGACCCAAAACAUGACUUUUAUCGCGAUAUUUUACCAUAUCGAUAGUUUUCCCACCCUUAAUCAUUGCUAUGGUCUCAUGGUGAUAAUCUGGUUUAGGUCUAGCCUGAUGUUUCCAGACAUAAUUCUUAGCAGAAUAUGAGUCUUGUAACGCUCCAAUGGGAUUUAAUUAUGGGCGUGUUUCAAUCAAUAGUGAAAAAAAUACGUUUGCAUGCAACUGGAUUGAGUUUUCCUGGAGAGAUGCAGCAGCAGAAUCUGAACAGUUCACAGCGGCAACUUGCGUAACUUCAGCCACGUUAAUGAGAAAUACACCAGGUUGAAAUAAACCCAAGGGAUCCUUUUAUUGGUUUGUCUGUGAACAAAUCAGUUCAUGCUCAUCACACAUUUUACUCCGGUCAUAGAAGAAGAUCCACCCACCCACCGAGUACAAACCAAGAAAUAAAAGAGAAAAAAAAAAAACAGGAAAAACAUAGCACAUAAAAAUGAAAACGAAAAAAUAAAACACAUAUUGCUGCUUUUAGCUACGGUUGUUGGAGAAUGACAACUGUAGACCACUAGAACAUUUCAGUUUUGUUUUUCUUUUAUCUUUUCUUUCUUUUUUUUUUGCAAGAUGGACAGCGAGCUGAAAAAAACAUGCACAAACUGAACCAACAAAGUGUUCAUCAUCCCAUCCCUUCCCCUCUUUCUGUACGCCUCCUCCUCCUCCUCCUCCUCCUCCUCCUCCUCCUCCUCGUCCUCCUCUUUCAGCUGCUUCGUAGAGUCAAAGGAAAAGGGUCUGAAAUCGCGGCGAUAUCCCGACAAACGCAGUCGCACAAUCCCCCGGUCUUUGACAUUCAAAGCGAAAGGGGGGCGACGCGUGACCGACUGCACGACUCAGGGUAUCGCUCAUGGUCAUAUAUUUGUUCGUUUUUUUUUUUUUUUUUCUCGUUUGUUGUCAUAUGAUAUAUUAUUUUCUGUUUGUUUAAAAAAAAAAAAAAACAGGACCUCAAAAAAAAAAAGAAAAAAAAACAACACAACACAUCACCUCAUUUUUAUUUGUUUUUGUUUUUCUUACAAAAAACCUCGGGAGAAGAAACUACAAUUUUGCACAAUUGCUUUUUUUUUUUGUUACGAGUGUUAUGAGAAUUUGUUCAUACUGUAGGAUGAGAGACCCCGAUGAUGAGCAGCUGUGCUUUUUUUUUGUUGUUUUUUUUGAAAGGAAAAAAUAUAUAAGAUAAAAACCGCGCUUGGUCCUUUCAGACUGUUUUCCCUUCAUCGCUAAAGAAAAGUUAUAAUCCAAACUUUUAUCUAAUUUGAAGCUUAUUUUAUACUUAUUAGUCUCCCCCCUGGAAAUGGUUGUCAUUUUGAUGAUGACUUUUUGUAAAAUGAUCAAAUUUUUAAAAUGAAUUUGAUCCUAAAAACAUUCGCUGUUAGCACCUUCCUGAGAAUCUCUAUAUUUUAAAAAUAAAAGAAAAAGGCAAGAUUUACAUUUAAAAUAAUUAAAAAAAAGAAAAAAGAAGUACUUCUUAAGAAAAACCCUCUUGGCUUAAGCCAAAUUUGUAGCAAUCAAAUUGAGCAUUUAUAUUUUUGUAACAAAUAUUCAUUUUGUCCUAAAGAACAAAAAAAAAGAUUAAUAAUAAUGAUUUUUAAAAAAUGAAAGUAAAGGAAAAGCUUUUGAAUGCAUGAAGUUUGUCCUCCCUGGGUUUCUGUGAGCUAAUCUGAAUUCUAGCACUUUCAACCUUUAAAAAAAAAGAGAGUAUUUUUUUUCUUUUAAUAUUUCAGCUUAUAUGUUCAUAUGUUUUUAAUUUUGUAUUGAUCCUGUAUAUGUAUGUGCCAUUAGUUUUAUGUGUAGACUUUAUCAACCUUUGUGUAUUUCUCUUCUCCAAAAGAAUAACAGUAUUUUUGAUAUACUUUUCACUAAUAUCCCUUUACAUAAAAAAAGAAAAACCCUGCCCCUCUUUUCCUUUCAAAGUUUCCUCUUUUUUUUUUUUUGUUUUAUUUCUUUGAGGAGGGAUAAUCAGCAUUGCCUUCUCUCUUUUUCUCUCUCAUUAAUUUAUCUAAUCAAACUCUACAGCCAAGCUCUCGAAGGGAAUAGAAACAACAACAUUAUCUGUUUUUCCGAGGCGGCGGUGACAAACAAGACCGUUGUCAAAGCCACAGAUCAACCACUGGAAGCUGCUUGCGACAGAGACACAUCUGCAGGGGCCAUUUUUAGAUCAAGUAACUGAACAGAAACAGAAAAAAAAAAAAAAAAAGAAGUCCGGGGCGACCCCAAAAUAAUAUAGCACUUAGAGCUUCGAGCCACGGACGCUGAGCUGGUUAUACCCCGCUGCAAAAAGUAAGAACCGACUAUCACAACUUUAACCUCCUGAGACCCGGCGUCCUCAUACGGGGACAUUCAGAUUCAGAUUCUGGACAGCUUUCAUACGAUUACAAAACACAUAUACGAUAGGAACAGAUAAAAGUACAAUAAAAAAGCAGAAUGGAGCAAGAAUAAACAGAUAAAACUGAACUAAAGCAACUAAAAAAGCCCAGAUUAAAGAUUAUUUAGAAUCUAGUACAAUGUAUAUUGUCAUUAUACGUUGUACAGAUUGGAGAGUUUCUCCUUUUCAGUGCAAAAAAACACAAGUAUAUAUAUAAAAUAGUGC